UGCGGUGCUGAGGUCGGAGCGUCUGGAUGCGUGCGGGCUGCUUUUGUGGGGGUUGCUACUAGAGCUGCAGCAUUUCCCGGGUUGGUGGCCCCUGCACAUUUUUACAGUUCUCCAGUCCUUCUGUUUCGGUGAGGGGUCGACUUGAAGCUAAUAGAGGCGAGAAGUCAGUGCAAAAGAUUAAACUUCAGAAGAAUGCAAUCAAGUGAUGGCUUUUUCUUUAGAAUUUGAAUAUGGAGGCCACAGGAACAGAUGAAGUUGACAAGAUAAAAACUAAAUUUGUAUCUGCUUGGAACAACAUGAAAUACAGUUGGGUGUUGAAAACAAAGACAUAUUUUAGUAGAAAUUCCCCUGUAUUAUUGCUUGGAAAAUGUUACCAUUUUAAAUAUGAAGAUGAAAAUAAAAUGUUACCUGCAAGAUCAGGAUGUACAAUAGAAGAUCAUGUAAUUGCAGGAAACGUAGAAGAAUUUCGUAAAGAUUUCAUUUCUAGGAUAUGGCUAACCUACAGGGAAGAAUUUCCUCCAAUAGAAGGCUCAGCUUUGACAACAGACUGUGGCUGGGGCUGUACAUUGAGAACUGGCCAGAUGCUGUUGGCGCAAGGACUCAUCCUACACUUUCUUGGUAGAGCUUGGACCUGGCCUGAUGCUUUGAAUAUUGAAAAUUCAGACUCUGAAUCAUGGACUUCCCACACUGUAAAAAAAUUUACUGCAUCAUUUGAAGCAUCACUUUCAGGGGAAACAGAACUCAAAACCCCAACGAUUUCUCUGAAGGAAACAAUCGAGAAAUAUUCUGAUCAUGAAAUGGGAAAUGAAAUUUAUCACAGGAAAAUCAUCUCUUGGUUUGGUGAUUACCCCUUGGCUCUCUUUGGCUUACAUCAACUAAUAGAAUAUGGAAAGAAGUCUGGGAAAAAAGCUGGAGAUUGGUAUGGACCAGCUGUGGUUGCUCACAUUUUAAGAAAAGCAGUUGAAGAAGCAAGACACCCUGAUUUACAAGGAAUAACUGUUUAUGUUGCACAAGAUUGUACAGUUUACAAUUAUGAUGUAAUUGAUAAACAGAACACUUCCAUGACCUCUGAUAAUGCAGACGACAAAGCUGUUAUUAUUCUAGUUCCUGUUAGACUUGGUGGAGAAAGAACCAACACCGACUACUUAGAGUUUGUAAAGGGUAUUUUAAGCCUUGAAUAUUGUGUGGGUAUUAUUGGUGGUAAACCUAAACAGUCAUAUUAUUUUGCUGGAUUUCAAGAUGACAGUUUGAUUUACAUGGAUCCUCAUUACUGCCAGUCUUUUGUAGAUGUCAGCAUAAAGGAUUUUCCUCUUGAGACAUUCCACUGCCCUUCUCCCAAAAAGAUGUUGUUUCGAAAAAUGGAUCCUAGCUGUACAAUAGGACUUUACUGUCGAAACGUUCAGGACUUCGAACGAGUUUCUGAAGAAAUCACUAAGAUGCUGAAAAUUUCUUCUAAAGAGAAAUAUCCCUUAUUUACUUUUGUAAAUGGUCAUUCCAGAGACUAUGAUUUUACAUCUAUUACAACCAGUGAAGAAGACCUUUUCUCAGAGGAUGAAAAGAAAAGAUUAAAAAGAUUUAGCACGGAAGAGUUUGUCUUGCUUUAAAGAUUAGCACAUUUGUGCUUGAUGAGAAGAACUCCUUUGAAAUGGAAAAAGUGAAGAAAAACAAAUAUA